AUGACGGAAUCUUUCCCAGCGGCAGUGGCGGGACCAACCUCUAAAGAACGCAAGUAUGAUCGUCAGUUGCGAUUAUGGGCAGCCACAGGCCAGCAAGCACUGGAAGACUCUCGAGUCCUGUUGGUGAACUCGGAUGGCCCACUCGGCGGUGACAAUACCGGGGUGUCGGGCGUAGUGGGCGUCGAAGCUCUGAAGAACCUCGUCCUACCAGGAAUUGGUGGUUUCACCAUUGUAGAUCCGGCAACGGUCACAGAAGCAGAUCUCGGAGUGAACUUUUUCCUCCAAGAAGAGUCCCUGGGCAAGUCACGAGCCGAUGAGACUUGUCGUUUACUGCGAGAGUUGAACCCCGAUGUUCAGGGUUACUCGUAUUCCAAGCCUGUCACGGACCUGCUCAAUGAUCCGUUCUUUCUACCUCGACACAAGUUGGUCAUCAUCACCGGACCGACUCGGCAAUCAACCCUCACCUCUUUGACACAGGCAGCUCAGCGGCUGGGUAUUCCUGUGCUCUAUGUCCACUCAGUCGGGUUUUACUCAACAUUCAGCUUGCAAUUGGAUGCAGACUUUCCUAUUGUGGAAACACAUCCUGACCCCGAAAGCUCCCAGGAUCUCCGCCUUCUCACCCCAUGGCCUGAGCUGUCUGCAGCGGCGGCCAGCCUGGGAGACCUGAAUGCCUUAGAUGACCACCGCCAUGGCCAUAUCCCGUAUAUCAUGAUCCUGCUCCAUCUAGUCGAGCAGUGGAAGCAAGGUCAUGGCGGUAAUCCUCCCGGCAACUACAGGGAGAAGACCGAAUUCCGCGAAUUCGUACGCUCCCAUGCACGCACGAGCAAUGCCGAAGGAGGCGAAGAGAACUUUGACGAGGCCGUGGCCGCCGUCCUCAAGACCGUCACCCCGUUCAGCCUUCGCAGCUCCACCCGCGAGAUUUUCGAAAUGGACGAGUGUCAGAAUUUGACCCGUCAAUCUUCAGACUUUUGGGUCAUUGCCUCGGCCAUUCGUGGUUUCUACCAGGAACACCAUGUCCUGCCUCUGCCUGGCUCUCUGCCGGAUAUGAAAGCCCAAUCAGCCGACUACGUCGCUCUGCAGAAUAUCUACAAGGCCAAAGCCCGAUGCGACAUUGACGAUGUCACCGCCAGAGUUCGUCAGCUGGAAUCUCGUCUCGGCCGGUCAAAGUCACCCAUUCUCGACCGCGAGAUUGAAGUCUUUUGCAAGAACGCCGCGCACAUCAAAGUCGUUCACGGACGCCCAGUGGCCCGGUUAACUCAUGCCACCGACCCCGUCACCCUCAAAGCCAUUCGCAACCAGCUCAACACUCCGGACUCUCUCAUCCCCAUCUUCCUCGCCGCUCAGAUUCUCGAUGCGGUCGUGGAUGAAAUCAAGGUGGGGAUCCGCAAAAGGCCCAACUUUCAAUCGACGACGACGGUCUUUGGGCUCAUCAUACAGAGCGUAUCAUGGCACUUGUAA